GCAAAUAUUACGACGCCACAACCAAAAUUGUCACUGACCAAUUGAAAACGUGGUUGAGCAAUGCAACAGAUAUUGAUCAGGAAAUCAAGGUGUGGGAAAAGUGGAUUAACAUCUGGAGUCAGUUUACAUUGGAAAGCUUCCUCCGAAGCAAUAUUGAUGUAAUUUAUGCAAAGGUUCCUGUAGAAAGUCGACUAGAUUUAGAUGUUGACACCCUUGCUAAGCUGUUGCCCUGGUCCAACGAUGCAGUGCGAGGUUAUGCUGUAUUUACCUAUACUCCAUUCCUUGAUAAUUCAUUUGUGCAGUAUCUUCGUGAUCAACUAGGACACUGGUGGUCGGCUGAUAUGCAUUGCUUGGUGGGUGGUAUGCACAGUCUAGCUGAAGGUUUCUUUUCUAAUGACGUGUUGAAAACAGACGAUCUCGUAAAUCACGCGCAAGCUUUCAAGUUUUCUUAUUUUUCCGUACCUUGGCGCCCUGACGAUGAUUUUGUCGAAGUCUCUUGCUAUGCGAACAAUGGUCAAUCUCAACCGGACAAGACGUAUACAGCACGG